AUGGAUGAAGAAGGCCAGCGUGCCGCCGCCUCUACUCAUUCGCACUUAUUUCCAACUUUGAUUAGUCGUGAGAGUACCGAGGACCGAGAUGUACACGAUCGAGCGACAGAUACCGAAGUCUCCAGCUUCAAAUCCUACCAUCAUAUCAUAGAACUACAUCAAAAUACCAUAGAGAGAGCCUUGAGACCAUUAAUAACGUUUACUGAGAUCUCUGGAACCAGGAAGACAUUUGGCAGAUUCAAUUUAGUGGGAAGAAUAGGAAGAGGCCAGUAUGGAGACGUUUACAAGGCGAAAUCCUCUAGUGGGGAAGACGUAGCAGUCAAAUGCAUCUCUAAAAAGCCAAAAAAAACCCAGCAGUUCUCCAUGAAUCAAGUUCUGAGACACAUACGACGUCAGGAAUCGCUAGGUAGAAAAAUCGAUAAUAGUGAUGAGGCUAUCUUGGAGAUGAACAUUCAUAGAAUACGAUGGGAAUUGUUCGUAGCGAGCCGUUUGAAAGAUAAGAACAUAUUGAAUGUUUUGGAAAUCAUAGACUCACCUUCAAGUCCGCAGAUUUGGAUUGUGCUGCCUUGGGCCACACUCGGAGAGCUAAGAUGGAAACGGCAUAAUAAACAAGAUUCUAUAGAUCAGUGGGACAACUUAUUGAAACGCAAGACUAAUCCGAAAGAGGUGGCCGAAUACGUUCUUCGCAAUCUAUGCGGAGGUUUGCUGUAUCUAUUGGAACAGGGAUGUGUUCACAGAGACAUCAAACCAUCAAAUAUUUUGGUGGACGGCCAGAAUGCCAACGUAAUGCUCUCGGAUUUUGGCAAUUCGUUGGUAACCCCAGAUAAACUCCCCUUUAAUGACAAACGAACAAGAAUCGCGUACCAAGAAGAGCUUCGCAAAAUUGCAGGGACGCCCGCUUUCAUUGCUCCCGAGCUGUGCAAUUUCACUGCAAAAGACACACUAAUAGAUGGGCCCCAGCUAGACAUUUGGUCCUUAGGCGUCACCAUUUUCUGUCUGCUGGAGAAUCGACUUCCAUUCAGUGGAGAAAACGAAUUCGACACAUAUCAUAAGAUCGUCAAUGAAAGGCUACCACAAUCUAAUGAUGUUUUACACGAUCUGAUCAACUCUCAAUUGCUGGAGAAAAAUCCAUCUAGAAGGAUUACGAUCCAGGAGCUCAGUAAGUUCUUCAACGCUCCUAGAAAGGAUGAAAGACUGAAGCGCUUUGUAUCCAAAUUCAAGAAGCUGAGUAUAAAAAGGAAGAAAAAGAGCAAGCCUGUUGGGAGCCAAGAUAGCGAUAAUUGGGUCCCAAUUGCGGGUGAUGAUGUUCAGGAAAUCGAUUCUGAUUUAUCCUCAGCUGGAGAAUCCUUCGAUGAGCCCAUGCUGGUCGCAGACUUUGUAGGCAGCGCGAAAACUACCACGAAGACAUCAGUAUCAGAGGUUGAGGAAAAUGGAGCAUCCGACUCACCCAAGAGUGCAGCUGUGGGAAACAAUCGUGAAAGCAGUGGACUUUCGGUACGUACACGUACUUCCGAAGUCCAGUUGAGCGACAAAAGCAUUUCGCCUAUCAAAAUAGACACGCCGCUCAAGAAUUUUAUCCGAACGCACAAUACGCCAGAGAAGAUUCUUGAAGAUAGCCACACCAGGGGUCAUCAGCGGAACGACAGCUCUCCGUCGCAUGGAAAUGGGCAUAUCAUGGCCUCGAAGGGGACGUUAAAUUUCACGAAAUAUCUGCAAUCCCAAUCACCUUCAAAGACAGGCCAUUCUAGAGACCGCGACAGCGAUUACAAUUCCUUCGAAGAUAUUCGCAAGUAUCUGAGCUAUGCCGAAAGUUGA